GUGAAACCCGGAAGUAAGCGCCCAUUGAAACAUCGCGUCUAAAGUGAAUGUAGCGCUACAUUAGCGGAAUUAAACGCGCGCUUCUUCACGAGGAGUCGUCGAUGACUUUAUUCGCGGUUUCUGAGGAUGCAGCGGUGACUCUCGGGAGAACAGACUGCUGUGCGCAUCGGGGCAGAGCGACAGCGCAUCUCGUUAUUUCCAGUCCUCCGAGCAGCAUGUUGAUGAGCGGCUUCUGCUCGUGUGUGUGCUGUGUCUGAUGCACUAAGAUGUUUCCUAAGACCUCUCUGACGGGUCUGAUCGUGGGGGUCUUCCUCCUCUAUGUGCUGCACACAUGCUGGGUCAUGUUCGGGAUCGUUUACACCAAACCCUGCGAGAAACCCGAGAGUGACAGCUGUAUCUCUCCUUACCUGGCCGCUAAACCCCGACUGCAGCUAAGCGUCUACACUGCAUUAAGACCCAAUGCUGAUGGUGGACACAGUCUGAUCCACAGAGAGGAAGAGUUUGAUGUCAACACCAGGUUUGAGAGGUUAGUCAAUGUGUCUUUGCCGAAGAAGACCCGCAAGAAUGGCACGCUGUACGCCAUGGUGUUCCUGCAUCAGGCGGGAGUCUCGCCGUGGCAGGAUCCGCACCAGGUGCAUUUAGUCACGCAACUGACCACAUACACGCUGCCCAAACCUCCGGAGAUCAGCCUGAUCACGCGCCAGGACGAGCCGCAGAAACCGGAUCAGCAAAAGCAAAGCAGCGACUCUGAGCUGGACCGGCCCGUUUCUCACUGGCGUUCCCGUCUGACCGUGAACGUGGUGUCGGAGAACUUCCUGUUUGACCGAGAGGCUCUUCCUGGAGACGUGCACCGCUACAUGAGAGUAUAUCAGAGCGGGAAGAAGAUGAUUUACCUGCCGCUGCUGUUUGUAGAUGAGCUGAGCAACCGAGUGAAGGAUUUAAUGGAGAUCAACAGCAGCAGCACUGAACUGCCUCUGAGCAUCUCAUAUGACUCCAUCGCUCUCGGGAAACUGCGCUUCUGGAUCCAUAUGCAGGACGCCGUUUAUUCACUUCAGCAGUUUGGCUUCACUGAAAAGGAUGCUGAUGAAAUCAAGGGGAUAUUUGUGGACACCAAUCUAUAUUUCCUCGCACUCACCUUUUUUGUGGCCGCCUUCCAUCUUUUGUUUGAUUUUCUGGCUUUCAAAAAUGACAUCAGUUUCUGGAAACACAAGAAGAGCAUGGUUGGGAUGUCCAGCAAAGCAGUGCUGUGGAGGUGUUUCAGCACCAUUGUGAUCUUCCUGUAUCUGCUGGAUGAGCAGACCAGUCUGCUGGUUCUGCUUCCUGCCGGGAUCGGCUCUUUGAUCGAGGUGUGGAAAGUGAAGAAAGCGUUUAAAAUACACGUCAUAUGGAGGGGCUUGACUCCCACAUUCCUGUUUGGGAAGAGGGACGAAUCAGAGAAACGAACAGAGGAAUAUGACACACUGGCGAUGAAGUAUCUGUCGUAUCUGCUGUAUCCUCUGUGCAUCGGCGGAGCCGUUUACGCUCUUGUGUUUGUCAAGUACAAAAGCUGGUAUUCCUGGAUUAUUAACAGUUUAGUCAAUGGGGUGUACGCCUUCGGAUUCCUCUUCAUGCUGCCUCAACUCUUUGUAAAUUACAAGCUGAAAUCAGUCGCUCAUCUGCCCUGGAAAGCCUUCAUGUACAAGGCUUUUAAUACGUUUAUCGAUGACGUCUUUGCAUUCAUCAUCACGAUGCCCACGUCACAUCGGCUAGCGUGUUUCAGAGAUGACGUGGUGUUCCUCGUGUACCUCUAUCAGAGAUGGCUCUAUCCAGUGGAUAAAACCAGAGUGAACGAGUACGGCGUGUCUUACGAUGAAAAGCCCAAAGGAAAAUCCCAUAAAGACUGACAUCCUCACAACAGAACAGCUCCGCAUUAUCUUAAGAUUCAGUAAGAAAGGAGCAUACAGCAUGUCA